AUGUCGGUAUCAAGUUGAGGCUUUAUCACUAAACAACAAGAAGCUCAAUAUAAUAAAGACUUGUAUAGUCUAAUUUUCCUUGUACAGAAUUCAUUAGCUAGGAUCUUGGCAUCCAAUUCAGAUGGUCAAGAUCUGCUUCAAAAGGAGAAUUUUAGAAAAUAUUUUAAGAAAAUAUAUGAAAAAGUUACUUCUCAAGAACAAUACAAAUAUGCACCUCCAAAGUUCGGAUCUGCCUUUAGAGAUUUAGCCCAACUGUAUGGUCUUAAUACUGAUGCUAAUAAAGAAAUGAAAUAUUUUGAUAGAUCCCUCUCAGAAAAAAAGAUAAAGAGGAUAUAAAUUCAAAUGAAAAGUUUGAAACCAACCAAAACUUGUUUGUCAAAGAUGAUCUUGAAUUUGAGCUUAGAAUCAAGCUCAAAUAAACUACCUGAAAGACAGGUGCUGAAGAGCGCCUCAACCACAUCAGGGAUCAGGGAAAUUCUGUCAAAAAUAAAACAUAAACCACAGUCACGACUUUUGGGCGACUCUGAGUACUGCAACUCUUGGGACAGAAAUAAUUUCACUAGACAAUUCAAAGGGAAAUAAAAAUCUGCUUAAUAAUAAAAGCUUCAACUCUUCAGGGUUACUCAAAACUCGUAACAAAAGUAUCCCAUGUGGCAGAUUCUGUAUGCAAUCAAGCUAUCAGUCUGACUCUAAACCAUACUGAUAUGCUGAAGAGAAGAAUGAAGCAGCCUCGAGUCCCUUUCUUAAGCAAAAGAGCCAAUAUCUUGUGAACAAAGUUGGGAACAAGAACAAGUUUGUUCGAAAAUCUACUAAAAAUGUUAAUACGAUGGCUAAUUCAAGCUCGAAUUCUUCCCUAGAGCAAAUUGUUGAAACUCCUGAGACUGUUAAGAAGAGCGUCAGAAUGGACUCUAAGGCAAAGGAAAUGUUUUACAAACUUAAGAACAAAGAUAUGAAAAGACAUAGAGAGCGGCUUCUGAAGUUGUACAAUACAAUGGAUUCAUAAGGUUGUUUCAAUCUUUUCUUAA